GAGGGGCGCACGCACGCCCGGCGCUGGGAGUGCGCGGCUGGCGCGGAGAGCGGAGCAGGCGCGCGGCCCAGGCGGAGGAGCGCUGACUCUGGAGCAGCCGGAGCUGGAGGCGGAGGAGCGGCGGCGGGGAAGGAGGCGGCGGCGGAGAGACGCUCCCGCCGGGCGAGCAUGGGGCGCCCGGCGCCCAGGCCGCUGCUGCUGGCGCUCCUGUGGCUGGCUGUCUGUCGAGGGCGCGUGGUGAGAGUCCCCGCCGGGAGCCUGGUGCGGGUGGUGGGCACCGAGCUGGUCAUCCCCUGCAACGUCAGCGAUUACGACGGCCCCAGCGAGCAGAACUUUGACUGGAGCUUCUCGUCUUCGGGGGGCAGCUUCGUGGAGCUCGCCAGCACCUGGGAGGUGGGCUUCGGGGCCCAGCUGUACCGGGAGCGCCUGCAGAGGGGCGAGAUCCUUCUGAGGCGCACCGCCAACGACGCCGUGGAGCUCCACAUCAAGAACGUCCAGCCCUCGGACCAAGGCCACUACAAGUGUUCCACCCCCAGCACGGACGCCACCGUCCAGGGCAACUACGAGGAUACCGUGCAGGUGAAAGUGCUGGCCGACGCCCUGCACGUGGCCGCCAGCCCGCUGUCCUCGCCGGGCCUGGGCCGGAGCCUGAGCCUGCACCUGGGCGAGCCCUUCGAGCUGCGCUGUGAGGCCGCCACCGCGUCCCCGCUGCACACGCACCUGGCGCUGCUGUGGGAGCUGCGGCACGGCGCCACCCGGCAGCGUGUCCUGGCCCUCACCCGCGAGGGCCGGCUGCACCCGGGCCCCGGCUACGAGCCGCGCUACCACGGCGGAGACGUGCGCCUGGACACCGUGGGGAGCGACGGCUACCGCCUCUCCGUGAACCGGGCCCUGGCCGCCGACCAGGGCACCUACAGGUGCGUCGUCAGCGAGUGGAUCGAAGAGCAGGGCGCCUGGCAAGAAAUCCAAGAAAAAGCCGUGGAGGUGGCCACCGUGGUGAUCCAGCCAACAGUUGUGCGAGCCGCCGUGGGCAGGAACGUGUCUGUGGCUGAAGGCAAGGAGCUGGACCUGAGCUGCAACAUCACAACCGACCGCGCGGAUGACGUCCGCCCCGAGGUGACGUGGUACUUCAGCAGGACGCCUGACCGCACGGUGCCGGGCCCCCACACGUUGGCACGGCUGGACCGCGACUCCCUGGUGCACAGCUCUCCUCACGUCGCAUUGAGUCACACGGAUGCUCGCUCCUACCAUCUGCUGGUUCGAGACGUCAGCAAAGAGAACUCUGGCUACUAUUCCUGCCACGUGGCGCUCUGGGUACCGGGGCAUAACAGAAGCUGGCACAAGGUGGCAGAAGCCACGUCCGCCCCAGUGGGGGUGGAUGUGACCUGGCUCGAACCAGACUAUCAGGUGUACCUGAACGCCUCCAAGGUCCCCGAGUUCCCCGACGACCUCACGGAGCUGGAGUGCCGGGUGGUGGACAAGAAGAGCAUGGCGGGCAGCGUGCGCGUCACGGUGUCCUGGUACUACAGGGUGAGCCGGCGCAACGACGACGUGGCGACCAGCGAGCUCCUCGCCGCCAUGGACGGGGACUGGACGCUCAAGUACGGAGAGAGGAGCAAGCAGCGGGCCCAGGACGGAGACUUUAUUUUCUCUAAGGAGCGUGCGGACACGUUCAGCUUCCGAAUCCAAAGGACUACAGAGGAAGACCGGGGCCAUUACUACUGCGUGGUGUCCGCCUGGACCAAGCAGCGGAACAGCAGCUGGGUGAAGAGCCGGGAUGUCUUCUCCAAACCCGUCCACAUAUUCUGGGCCUCAGAAGAUUCCGUGCUCGUGGUGAAGGCGAGGCAGCCCAAGCCUUUCUUUGCUGCCGGAAAUACAUUCGAGAUGACUUGCAAGGUGUCUUCCCAGAAUAUUAAGUCGCCGCGCUACUCCGUCCUCAUCACGGCGGAGAAGCCCGCGGGCGACCUCUCCGGUGCCAACGAAACCAAGUACAUCAUCUCCCUGGACCAGGACGCCGUGGUGCGGCUGGAGAACUGGACAGACGCCUCCCGGGCGGACGGCGUCGUGUUGGAGAAAGUGCAGGAAGACGAGUUCCGCUACCGCAUGUACCAGACUCAGGUGUCGGAUGCAGGGCUGUACCGCUGCGUGGUGACGGCCUGGUCUCCUGUCAGGGGCAGCCUGUGGCGAGAAGCAGCAACCAGUCUCUCCAAUCCCAUUGAGAUAGACUUCCAAACCUCAGGUCCCAUAUUUAAUGCCUCCGUGUAUUCAGACACGCCCUCAGUCAUCCGGGGAGAUCUGGUCAAAUUGUUCUGUAUCGUCACUGUCGAAGGAGCAGCCCUGGACCCAGAUGACAUGGCCUUCGACGUGUCCUGGUUCGUGGUGCACUCCUUCGGGCUGGACAAGGCUCCCAUCCUCCUGUCCUCCCUGGACCGCAAGGGGAUUGUGAGCACGGCCCGCAGGGACUGGAAGAGCGACCUCAGCCUGGAGCGCGUGGGCGUGCUGGAGUUCCUGCUGCAGGUGCACGGCUCCGAGGACCAGGACUUCGGCAACUACUAUUGCUCCGUGGCUCCCUGGGUGAAGUCGCCGACGGGUUCCUGGCAGAAGGAGGCGGAGAUCUACUCCAAGCCCAUCUUUAUAACUGUGAAGAUGGAUGUGCUGAACGCCUUCAAGUACCCGCUGCUGAUCGGCGUCGGCCUGUCCACCGUCGUGGGGCUCCUGUCCUGCCUCAUCGGGUACUGCAGCUCCCACUGGUGUUGCAAGAAGGAGGUCCAGGAGACCCGGCGCGAGCGCCGCCGGCUCAUGUCCAUGGAGAUGGACUAGCGGGGCCGGCGCCCGGCCGGGGCAACGACGCCGGGACGGACGGUCUCGGAGCGGUUGGGGCAGGAAGAGGACGGUGAUGUUCUAACGUGAAGUGUGUCGCACUAAAACCCAGUCCUCGCUCAUCUCAGGUGGGACUCGGCGCGCUCCCCUCUGCAUGUGGAGCUCGAGCGCGGACACGUUUACCAGCACACAGCCUCUCUUCCCACGGCACUUUCCGAGGACGGGCGCGCGUGUCUUUUCCCGACGGCGGCUUUUUCGUGGUUAACCUCUGUCUAAUUUUUUUCUCCUACUGGUUUAUAGAUCUCCGGCUUGUGUGUGUGUUUAUAGCUUUUUGUCCCGAGGGGUCGCGGUGAGGGCGGGGUGAUGGCAUUCGGAGCUCUUGGUCCUGGGUGAGAGCCAUCCGGCUUCGGGGCGGGAGGCAGGUGUUAGGAGGAGGGUGGCCCUCCACGCCGGCCCAGGGACCACACAGACCUAUGCCGAGGGCGAAGGUGUGGCGUGGACUCCCCUGCCCAGCCCGUUUUCAGGGGGUUAGGCCACAUAGGAAAUCUGAACUUGCGAUAUGUAGCUUCGCAUCGAGCCCAGACGCGUAUUUUGGUUCUUCGCCUCUCUGCCCCCUUUCCAUUUCUUUGCUCUUUGCUUUCUGUGAGCGUGCUGAGAAUGGCAGCCCUGGAAUCUAGGAUUUGGCUCUCCACCAAGCACCUUAUCAUGCCACCUUAGCCUUAAGAAUGAAUAUGAAGAAAAAUACUCAGCCACCUCGGACCAGGGCAGGAAGAAGGUCUGCAAGGAAGAGGAGGCUGGGGACAAGGGAAGGAACAGACGCUGCGAUCGUGCGGAGGCCACUGGCGGGAGGGUGGGGUGGGGGGAGGGCAGGGAGUGCGGAAGGUGGAUCCUGAGAGUUAGGUUUCUGCAGCUCAUGCCGGAGGGUCAGGGGUGUGUCAGGCGGAAGAAGCCACCUCCAGUCCCCAAUCCUGUCCUUUGCAGGAGGCAAAGGCCUUGGACACCCAGGGACGGCCAGGGGGACCCACAGGUGCCCCCCCUCCUCCCGAGGCUGCUUGGUCUCCUUAGCGUGAAGGACGCUUGCUGCUUGGAGACCGGCUGACUUCACGGGAUCAAACAUUGCCUGGAAGAACCGAGUGUUUUCUCUGGCCUUGUCAGCCCCCGCAGGUCUGUGUGAGAUCCCCUUCGAGGGCUGGUGAGAGCUGGCUUCUGUGGGACGCUUGCUUUCCUGUUAGGAACAUGAAGGAAACCCAGCAAUGGAUUGCCCUGGGAGCAGCCUCCAAAGGAGAUCUGAGAGCCGUCUCUUUGGCCCGACCGCUCGUACCAGGAACAGGACAACGGACCAAAGGAGACUUCCGCUCCCCGGAGGGUCUGGCCCCCGGCACAGGGCCGGCCUUUCGGAGGCCUCCCCGCGGGGCCCUGAGGCUCGGCGGUGACGCUCGCCCUGCAUUGCACUCCUCCACGCUGCUGCGUGUGGCCCCGAAGGAUCUGACACUCCUCUGUCUUCCGAAGGGGAAAAAAGACACAUUGGUUCUGAGCAAUAAAGUAAUACGAAACGAUGGCCAUUCAUGUACGGCUCUUUGUCACAAUGGGCCGGACGAGCCCGACCCCUCCCGGCUCACAGUCUUCCCUCCACUUCCCUCACUCUGCUGCCCACCGCCCCUUCUGCAGGCACCACCAAGGCAGCCCCAGGAGGCAGAUCCCCACUCCCUGUUUGCCCACCGCGGGACCCCUCGUGGGGUAGGCCCCGGGAUCCUGCACUGAUGGCGGCAGCACAGAUGACGUCUAGGCACAGAUGGAAUCGGGGAAGACGGGCCACGGAGCACGAGUGACUGGGGGAAGAGGACGAGGUCUCCAUAGCACUAGAGUUGGGUAUUUUCUUAAAAAAAAAUUUAAGUCUAUUUUUAUUGAUUUCGGAGAGAAAGGAAGAGGGAUAGAGAGAUAGAAACAUCAAUGAUGAGAGAGAAUCAUUGAUCAGAUGCCUCCUGCAUGCCCCGCCACUGGGGAUCGAGCCCACAACCCGGGCAUGGGACCUGAUAGGGAAUUGAAUCAUGACCUCUUGGUUCAUAGAUCGACACUCAACCACUGAGCCACACCGGCUGGGCAAGAGUUGGGUAUUCUCUACGUGUCGCUUCCUAACGGCUGUUUCAGAGGAGGUGGGUCACGCGUGAGCGUGCACACGGAGAUUAAAGAGAGAACACAUAAACAGGUGUUGCGUUGGGAGCAGCCUUCCCUGGAGCCUGGCAGAGCUCACACUCACUAGAACCGUGGUCGGCAAACUGUGGCUCGCGAGCCACAUGCGGCUCUUCGGCCCCUUGAGUGUGGCUCUUCCACAAAAUACCACGGCCUGGGCGAGUCUAUUUUGAAGAAGUGGCGUUAGAAGAAGUUUAAGUUUAAAAAAUUUGGCUCUCAAAAGAAAUUUCAAUCGUUGUCCUGUUGAUAUUUGGCUCUGUGGACUAGUGAGUUUGCCGACCACUGCACUAGGAAGAUUCAGGAUUGUUGCAGCGGAAGCCCUUCUUGGUAGGAGGAAAGGGUGUACUUAGCCUGGGGCGUGACCAGGUGGCCCCAGGUGUGUGUGACCUGUGAAAGGGUCACACCAGACACUCGGUCGUAGGAAAGGUGACGUGUGCUCACACUAUCCCUUGUCCUUUUAAACUCUGUUGUAGUUCAAGGCUUUGAUCUCAACCCCACCCUCUGUCCAGGGGGCGGGUCCAAAGGCGAAAAUCCCAGGGUGUUGCAGCGAGGACCUCGUCCCUCCCAGGGACAUGCACCUGCCAGGAGCGUGUGUGAGAAACGUUCUUUCGGGCUCUCUGGCGGGGGUUCCUGCCAGAAGCACUGGGCGUACGGAGGGAAGGACCCAGCCACAAUGCCCACGGACGGCGUUGCACUUCUGAACAACAGCAAAACUUUAUAAAAUGUUUGGGUUUUUCCCCCCUAAUCAUGAAAGUCUCCCCGGAAAGCGCCUAAGCUAUGUUCAGAUAGGAGCCUCAAAAUUACUUUCAAUUGUUUACUUUGUAAUGUUUACAUAACACUUUACACUUUUUUUAAAGAAAAAAGAAAAGAAAAUGCAAGCUCUGACUUUUUAACAACUUCCCGAUUUUUCGUGGGACGGUGGAACUCUGACUCACCAACUGGAGUUCAGUCUUCGUUUAGAAAUUGUAUUUAUUUGUGUCCCUUCUCCCCUCCUAUCCACGCGGCUUUCCCCGGGAUGCUGGUGAGGGAGGCCCCUCCGACCCAGACUCUUGUCUGCUUCCCUGGUGGCUCUUGCUUGCUUUGCAGACUGCCUGCAGCCACGAUUUUGCCACGGGCACCUAUGAGCCAAAGACUGGGCCUUUGUGGCAGGAAAUAAUAAGCAAUACUACACAACUUGCUACUUUCAGAAAACUUUUUUUUUUUUUUUUUUUUAGCUUCACCAAUAACCACAGAGGAAGAAGGGAACUGAGAUUUGGGUACGUUCUCUUCCACUGUUUGACCAAAUUCUCAGUGAUAAAGAUUGGGUGCAAAUCACUAGGAGAAAAAAGUUGACUUUCUUUUGUAGUGUGGCACAUGGGAGCUGCCAAAUUUCACGUAGACAAACGAAGGAUCUUGUGUAUUUUUGUCCAUUUCCAAUGUUAUAUGAACUGAUUGUAUUGUUUUUAUACUGUGACCACAAAUAUUACGCAAUGCACCAUUUGUUUUUUAUUUCAUUAAAGGAAGUUUAAUUUAA